AUGUCCACCCGCAAGCGCCCGCCCCCAAACCCCCUCGACCCCGACUCCGACUCCGACACCAGCAGCCCCCCCACCAGCAAGAAGCGCCCCUUCCAGCAGAAGCCCCCCCCAACCACCACCACCACCACCACCGCACCUCCACCGCAGGCCGCCAACGCCGCCUCCAACGACGAAGAUGACGAAGACGACUACAUGAACAUGACCAUCGCCGAGCCCACCCUCCCCGAAACAUUCUCGCAGCGCAAGAAGCGCCUGCAACUCGAAGCCGAAACCCGCGCCCGCCCAAAAUCCAAAGCCGAGCUCGCAGCACUCGAAAAAGCCAACCGCGACGCCGCCCUCGCAAAGUCCCUCCUCGACACCCAAACACCCAACAAGGGCCUGCUGAUGAUGCGCAAGAUGGGCUUCACGCCCGGGUCCGCCCUCGGCGCCCCCACCGCCAGCACCAACACAGCCAGACUAGAGCCCAUACCCGUCACGCUAAAAGAAGACCGCACCGGCAUCGGCCACGCGUCCGCGCAGCGCGCCAAGCUCGCCGCAACCGCCCCUCCCACCACCACCACCACCACCGCCGCCGCGCAGCUCUCGCCCGAAGACUACCGCGCGCGCGUCGCAGAAGAGCAGGAAGAGCGCCGCCGCGAGGCGCAGCUGGUCGCUGCCCAGAAGCUGGCCGAGGAGUUUGAGUGCGAGCGCUCUGGCAGCAGCGUUGGUACACGCGCGGUGCCGCUACGGAGUAUCAAUGUGCUGUGGCGCGGCCUGGUGAAGCGGCGGGAGGAGAAGGAGCGCGAGAGGCGGAUGAGGUAUGAUCUGCUGCAGAGCCUGGACGCGCCGCGGCUGCCGGGGUAUGAUCGCGACUGUGAGCUGGAUGAGGUUGAUAAAGCGGCGUUGGGGAUCACGGUGCCGGGGCUACGGCGGCCGGCAGGGACGGUGGUGGUGGAGGAUGAAGGGGAGGAGGGGGAUGAGGUGGAUGAAGAGUUGGAGAGGGAGGAGGCGAGGAGUGCGGGGGAGAGGGUGGCGGCGUUGUGUGAAUACCUCAGGAGGCAGUAUAGGUAUUGCUUUUGGUGUAAAUGUAGAUAUGAGGAUGAGGAGAUGGAGGGGUGUCCGGGCGUUGAGGAGGACCUGCAUGGAUAG